GAUUCCCGUUUACAUCGUGUGUCUUGUCAAUUUGCUGGUUUGACACUCUCUGGGCCAAGUUUAUUAAAUGCCACUUGUUAUAUAGUGAGAAGGAACAAACACCCUUUCUUCUUGCCCUCUUUGUUGUUAUGGUUGAAACAUACAAAGCUUUCUCUUCCUCACCGAGUUACCAAAAAAAUAAGCUGAUUGCUUGAUAAUUGACAAAGCUUUUUCUUCUUGCUUGUGGUAUUGAUAGUUGUAGGGUGUCUUCUAUAUAUAAGGCAGUUGUUUGGCUCGUCUGAGUAGUUUUUCUUUUCUUAUUUCAUGUAUUUUUCUUCUUCUGCAGUGUUGGUGGUUAGAAGGUCUAUGAUAUUUAUCAUACAGCUUGAAUGGACUGCAACAUGAGAUCUCCGUUUCUGUGGGACUUGGAGAAUUUGAUCUUGCCCAACUCGUCAAAGACUGAAAAUGACAAAGACCAGCUCACAACAGCUACCGAGUGGGAAACUGACAAGGGUGAAGGAAUCGAAUCUAUGUUUCCCUGUUUCAAUGGCGUCGACAGAGUCAGUAAUUGCUCUACCACCAGUCUCUGGGACACUCCUGUAUCCAAAAGCUCACAGUCCACCUCCACCAACUCAUCUUCACCCGGAGUCAAACAACGCAUGCUUGCAUCAGAAAGUUCCCGUGGAGAUUCUUGCUGCAACAUAGAUCUUGUCCAGGUGAAGGCAUCUGUUGCCUCUGCUGAAUCAGACCUCUCUUUGAAACUAGGAAAGCGCACAUACUCCGAAGAAUUUUGGGGUAGAAACAACAAUAAUGACAUUUCCUUGACUCCUCCGGUUGUUACUCGAAAGAAAUCCAAAACAUGUGGUCAGAGCAUGCAAGUCCCGCGUUGUCAAAUUGAUGGCUGUGAACUUGAUCUCUCAUCUGCUAAGGAUUAUCAUCGCAAGCAUAGAGUCUGCGAGAACCAUUCUAAGUGCCCCAAAGUUAGUGUGAGUGGCAUUGAACGUCGGUUCUGCCAACAGUGUAGCAGGUUCCAUGCUGUGUCUGAAUUUGAUGAGACGAAACGAAGCUGCCGCAAACGUCUUUCUCAUCAUAAUGCGAGGCGUCGCAAGCCGCAAGGAGUAUUUCCAUUUAAUCCAGAUAGGGUGUAUGAUCGAAGACAGCAUACAAAUAUGUUGUGGAAUGGUUUGUCUCUAGAUACAAGAUCUGAAGAAAAGUUUGCAUGGGAAACCACCAAUGAUAUAAAGCCUACACAGACGGAGAGCAGCUUUACUCUGAGCUUCCAGAGAGGUAAUGGCUCUGAGCAGCAGCUGUUUGCUAGUAGCAACCACUCUUACUCUGCUUAUCAAACCUCAGGCGGGUUCUCAGCAGGGAAGCCUAAGUUUCAACUUCAUGGCCAAGGUGUGGGAGAGUACUCGGGAGUCCUCCAUGAAUCACGAGAAUUCCACCGUGCUCUCUCUCUUCUGUCAACUUCUUCUGAUCACCUGGUCCAACCACAUGCACAGCCACUUUCUCUACUCUUUUCAUAUGAUGGUGUACCAAAAUAGAUGAGUAAGUAGUGUGAACUUUGUAAAACCAGCUUAGCUUCGGUUAUUGGGCUGCUUUCUUAUUUGUAUCCUUGUUUGGUUACCAGUUGUCAACAAAACACUAAACAUUGAAUAUAUGGCAAAGAAUCUGUGUGUACUUUGGGAUG